GUGCCCCGAGUCCGCAGUGCAUUAGGAGGUGACUCAGUUGAGUUAACUCAUAACUUGUUGGUUGCCAUUUGCUCACCCCCUAAACCAACCGGCGUGCCAAAGUCAAAGGAGACGAUAUAAUAACUUUGGAGGCGUAACUCGCAGCAAACAAAAACUUGCUUCGACUCACAUCUCACUAAAUUUCCUUUUUUCCUAUUCUGAUUUUACCCUCCGCAGCCCUAUGCUCUUAGCCUCUCCAUCACCAUCGGACGCGUGGAGUGAGACAAAGUGAGAACUGGCUAGCAUCCUCCCCUUAUAUUAUAUAUAUCCCAAAUUUCCAAAACGAACGCCUCAUCUUUCUCCUUCCCUUCAUCCCGACAUUAUUCAUCCCUUGAAGCAACUAUGUCGUCGUCUUCUCCAAUUGCUCCCUCUAUUUGCCACAACUUGGCCGAAACGCUACUCAAACAACUCCGAUAUGAUCCGCUUGCCCUCUACCCCGAAAUGAACCAUGACCUCGUAGCGGGUAACCCGGUUGCCCGUGCACCCGAGCCUUUGGCCGCAGCCUUCGGACCCAAGUCAAAAACCGGUGACCCGGUUGACCGUAGUGCCAAAACAACCCGAUACUACAUGGUCCUCCUGACCGCCGGAGACAAGGCUCUUAACCCAGAAAGCAUCCUGGUGAUGGACGUCACCGACCCGAUUCCGAAGGGAUGUAUGGUCAAAGCUCGCGCCUUUUGCUCCGGUGUCGCCUUCAACUUCAAUUUCUCGGCGGCGGACAAGUUCGACUUCAUGAAACUUUGCGUGAUAUCAAGUGAUGAUGGAGACCGCACGAUGAUUGAUCUGGAUCGGGUCAGUAACUCCGAGAUGCCCGACCCGAACAUGAUACACAGCCUGGCGAGUUCGGCGGCGAUGAAGGCACUGGUGUCGUCCGCGAAGGAGAUCAACCUCGCCGAAUUUGUGGGUCGUGUGGGUGACUACGUGGCCACCAAAUUCGGCGAGGAGAAGAAAACCGAGUACCUGAAGAUGUUGACUUCCAGUGGACUCGGAAGUUUGGACUCGGUGGAGAUAUGGCACAUGUUGACUCUACAAGACCGAGUUAUGGAGGCAGUGAUGGAAAGCGUCCGAGUCGGGCUGUUUAUGAAAAUGCCCAUAACCAUUGACAUGCCAAUGCCAUCCACCGCCUCCAUGACCCACCCAACUCCGCGGCCAUUGGGGUGGAAGGUGGGUUGCUCUUCAGCUAAGGGGUUGAAGCACAGGCCUUGCAUUCCAGACCUCAAUCAAGUUGCAGUGGACCUACUGGAGGAGGAGGAGGAGGAGGAUGAGGAGGAGACUGAUAAAUGUAGUGUUGUUGGUGAGGUGGAGGGAAGCAAUGCCAAGAAAAGGAAGGUGGAGGAGGCUGCUGGAGAAGAAGCACAGGCUGAGGGGACCAAAACAGCUGACUGAUGAACCACCAUAAUGAGUUUGAUGGUUUAAUUUUGCACUUGCUCAGUUGAGUAAUUUUUGUUUGGUGUGCUUGAAGCUGACUAGCUAGAACAGAAAACAAAAAGAAAACAAAAAGAAAAAAGUAGCUAGCAGCUUAGUGUUAUAUGUUUGGAUAUUUUAUAAAUAAUAGCUGAGCAGAUUUUCGGUGUGCCACUCA